AUGUUGGUGACAAAUGACACAGUGAACGAGAAAGACAUUGGGCACUAUUUUGUUCAGGCCCGGUACAAGCAGAGCCUCGACCCUACAGUAGAUGAAGUUAAGAAGCUGUGUACCUCAUUGCGUCGAAAUGCCAAGGAAGAAAGAGUUCUUUUUCAUUACAAUGGACAUGGUGUUCCCAGGCCAACAGUGAAUGGAGAAAUAUGGGUCUUCAACAAGAACUACACACAGUACAUCCCAUUAUCCAUAUAUGACCUACAGACUUGGAUGGGCAGUCCUUCCAUUUUUGUAUAUGAUUGCUCCAAUGCUGGCCUUAUUGUCAAGUCCUUCAAGCAGUUUGCCCUGCAGAGGGAGCAGGAGCUGGAGGUGGCUGCAAUUAACCCAAAUCAUCCCCUUGCUCAGAUGCCCUUGCCCCCUUCGAUGAAAAACUGCAUUCAGCUGGCAGCAUGUGAAGCCAGUGAGUUGCUACCAAUGAUCCCUGACUUGCCAGCUGACCUGUUCACAUCCUGCCUUACUACACCGAUCAAGAUUGCACUGAGAUGGUUUUGCAUGCAGAAGAGUGUGAGACUGGUACCAGGAGUUACACUGGAUUUAAUAGAGAAAAUUCCUGGAAGGCUAAAUGACAGGAGAACGCCUCUGGGAGAACUGAAUUGGAUCUUUACAGCCAUCACAGACACAAUUGCAUGGAACGUCCUACCCAGAGAUCUUUUCCAAAAACUCUUCCGGCAGGACCUACUUGUGGCAAGCCUCUUUCGUAACUUCUUAUUGGCAGAAAGGAUCAUGCGGUCUUACAACUGCACACCUGUCAGCAGCCCUCGUCUACCUCCAACUUAUAUGCAUGCCAUGUGGCAAGCUUGGGACCUCGCUGUGGAUAUUUGUCUAUCUCAGUUGCCUACCAUUAUAGAGGAAGGAACUGCUUUCAGGCACAGCCCAUUCUUUGCUGAACAGUUAACGGCAUUCCAGGUGUGGCUGACGAUGGGAGUAGAAAACCGCAACCCACCUGAACAGCUUCCCAUUGUAUUGCAGGUGCUUUUGAGCCAGGUACAUCGGCUGCGAGCUCUUGAUUUGCUGGGCCGGUUUUUGGACCUUGGUCCCUGGGCUGUUAGCUUGGCUUUGUCUGUUGGCAUUUUCCCCUAUGUGUUAAAGCUCCUCCAGAGUUCCGCUCGAGAACUGAGACCUCUACUUGUGUUCAUCUGGGCCAAAAUCCUUGCCGUGGACAGUUCCUGCCAAGCCGACCUUGUGAAGGACAACGGUCACAAAUAUUUCCUUUCUGUUUUGGCAGAUCCCUACAUGCCGGCUGAACACAGGACAAUGACAGCUUUCAUCUUGGCCGUGAUUGUCAACAAUUACAAUACAGGGCAGGAAGCCUGUCUUCAAGGGAACUUGAUUGCCAUUUGCUUGGAACAGUUGAAUGAUCCACAUCCUCUUUUGCGCCAGUGGGUGGCGAUUUGCUUGGGUCGUAUCUGGCAGAAUUUUGACUCUGCAAGGUGGUGUGGUGUGAGAGAUAGUGCCCAUGAAAAACUCUACAGUCUUCUGUCUGAUCCAAUCCCAGAGGUUCGCUGUGCUGCAGUCUUUGCCCUUGGCACCUUUGUAGGGAAUUCAGCUGAACGGACUGAUCAUUCUACCACCAUCGAUCACAAUGUUGCAAUGAUGCUGGCCCAGCUCAUCAAUGAUGGAAGCCCCAUGGUCCGAAAGGAGCUGGUGGUGGCAUUGAGUCACCUUGUAGUCCAGUAUGAAAGCAAUUUCUGCACUGUUGCCUUGCAGUUUAUGGAAGAAGAAAAGAACUAUGCACCGCCUUCUCCUGCUGCUCCAGAAACUGGAAGUCUGACUCCAGUGCGGGAUAGUCCAUGCACACCACGACUUCGUUCUGUCAGCUCCUAUGGGAAUAUUCGAGCAGUCACCACAGCAAGGAAUUUGAAUAAGUCUCUGCAGAACCUCAGCUUGAAUGAAGAAUCGGGGAGCUCUGUUGCAUUUUCCCCUGGGAACUUGAGCACCAGCAGCAGUGCCAGCAGCACUUUGGGCAGCCCUGAGAAUGAAGAGUAUAUCCUGUCUUUUGAGACCAUUGACAAGAUGAGAAGAGUCAGCUCCUACUCCUCACUGAAUUCACUAAUAGGGGUUUCUUUCAACAGUGUUUACACACAGAUUUGGAGAGUUCUCUUACAUUUGGCUGCUGAUCCCUAUCCAGAUGUUUCAGAUUUGGCCAUGAAAGUACUCAACAGCAUUGCUUACAAGGCAACUGUCAAUGCCCGCCCCCAGCGUAUCCUUGAUACCUCCUCCCUCACUCAGUCUGCCCCAGCCAGCCCUACCAACAAGGGCAUGCACAUACACCAAGUGGGAGGAUCACCACCAACCGCCAGCACAAGUAGCUCCAGUUUGACAAAUGAUGUGACAAAGCAGCCUGUCAAUCGGGACAUCUCAUCUGUAAGACCUGCAAAUGUGGGCAGCAUGGGGGUGCAAUACACUCCCCACUCCCACCAGUUUCCCAGAACAAGAAAAAUGUUUGACAAGGGCCCAGAUCAGACAGCAGAUGAUGCCGAUGACACUGUGGGACACAAGAACUUCAUGUCAGCCACAAUGCAGACAGGGUUUUGUGACUGGAGUGCCAAAUAUUUUGCCCAGCCAGUGAUGAAGAUUCCAGAAGAACAUGACUUAGAGAGCCAGGUCCGCAAAGAGAGGGAGUGGCGAUUUCUGCGUAAUGCUCGAGUUCGGAAGCAAGCACAGAAAAUCAUCCAAAAAGGCAUUUCAAGACUUGAUGAUCAAAUCUUUCUGAACAGGAACCCUGGCAUGCCCUCCGUAGUCAAGUUUCACCCAUUCACCCCAUGUAUAGCAGUAGCUGACAAAGACAGUAUCUGCUUUUGGGAUUGGGAAAAGGGGGAGAAACUGGAUUAUUUUCACAAUGGAAACCCACGGUACACCAGGAUCACUGCCAUGGAGUAUUUGAAUGGACAAGACUGUUCUCUCCUCUUGACUGCUACAGAUGACGGUGCUAUAAGGGUAUGGAAAAACUUUGCUGACUUGGAGAAGAAUCCCGAGAUGGUAACUGCCUGGCAGGGCUUAUCUGACAUGCUGCCAACAACGCGUGGUCUGGCCCGAAGGGUUUCAAUCUAUCUUGACAGAAGUAAACAGGGAGGCGCAGGGAUGGUGGUGGACUGGGAACAAGAGACUGGGCUUCUCAUGACUUCUGGAGAUGUGCGGAUUAUCCGAAUUUGGGAUACAGACCGAGAAAUGAAAGUACAGGAUAUUCCAACAGGAGCUGACAGCUGUGUCACCAGCCUGUCCUGUGAUUCUCAUCGUUCACUCAUUGUAGCAGGUCUAGGUGAUGGCUCUGUCCGUGUUUAUGACAGGCGGAUGGCUCUCAGUGAAUGCCGUGUGAUGACCUAUCGAGAGCACACAGCCUGGGUGGUGAAAGCAUAUUUGCAGAAACAUCCUGAAGGCAACAUCAUGAGUGUCAGUGUCAAUGGAGAUGUCCGUUUCUUCGACCCCAGAAUGCCAGAAUCAGUGAAGGUCCUUCAGAUAGUCAAGGGACUGACAGCUCUCGAUAUUCACCCACAAGCUAACCUGUUUGCAUGUGGCUCUAUGAAUCAAUUUACUGCAAUCUACAAUGGGAACGGUGAACUGAUCAACAAUAUCAAAUACUACGAUGGAUUUAUGGGGCAGAGAGUGGGUGCCAUCAGCUGCUUAGCUUUCCAUCCACACUGGCCCCACCUGGCAGUUGGAAGCAAUGACUACUACAUCUCAGUGUACUCUGUGGAGAAGCGAAUCAGAUAACAGUGUGUGGCUGCUGUGUCAGAGCAGGACAUCUUCUGGCAGGCGGGACCAUCUGUCACUCACGAUGUACAUAGUGAAACUAUCGACUUGAAUGUUUAGUGUUGGCUGCUGCUGUGCGACCCCUUUAACUUGAACACUUCUUUUCUCCUGAUUUUAGCUACUGAUGAUUUUUUGAGUCUGAGGGGAGGGAGAGAAGCUAUCACCUGUCUUUCAUCACAGCCAGAGCCUCCAGGAGCUACAGAAAAGGAGCAAUUUAUACUUUGAGUGGGAUCAGCCUUCUUCCACGGGGCUGCUUCUCUGGUUCUUUGAAAACAUGGCUCCUAUGAACUCAUUGAGAUGGUUUCUGCCUGGAAGAUUGGUGGGUUUCCUUUAAGACAAGAAUGAAUUCAGAACUUACCUACCGUUCCACAUAGUUUACCUAGAACCUCUGUGGCUGCUACCUAUCUCGUGCCAAGUGCUAGCCCUGGCAUUCAUAUGCUAGUGGGCUUCCUGGUCUUGGAUAGUCUGUGUAUCUUUCUACUCUGUGUGUCACUAGCCACCUUUUCUCUCAUUCACAGUCCCACUGGAAAUAGACAAAGGGAAUUAGUGGGAAUCCUAAGGAAAAGAAAAUCUCGAUGCUGCAGAAAAUAUGGCAGGGUUGGCUGCCGUUAUGGGAGGGGAAAGCAGAUAUCUACCCCCACUUCUUUGGUAUCCAUAGAGAAAACAGUGUGGUGCAUUUUUAGUUGCAACAGUGCAUGUGACAGGACAGGAGACCUCCCCCUCUUAUGUCCACUCAGUUCUUAAGUUGCUCUAGCCAGCCUCUGCUCCUUUUGCCCACAGCAAAACCCCAUGAGCACAAGAAACAGCAUGCUACCUCUGCAUAGACAGCAAGGAGUUUGCUGAUCAUUGUACCACUGCCUUAAACCUCCCCCCCCCCCC